UAAACAAGUCAAAUAUCCCUGCAGUGAGGUAUUUAUUUCAACCUAACACAAGCAACCCUUGUACACACACCACGCUAAGUUGCAGACGUAUUACCUCGCAGAACACUUUCCAUCGACACCAGCCGCGUCAGUCACAGGUCUGCAUUCUUAAAUCAUUCUAGCCCCUCAGAAUGACCAUUUUCGAAGGCCACAGAGAUUACUCCUCGGGUUCUCAUGUAAUUUUCUCUCAGUGGUGAUGCAGAAUGUUUGUUAAAUCAUCACCAGCAUAAUGAACUCUUGAAAACACCGGUAACUUGUACUGUACCCUAUAAACCACUAGCAAAAUGAAAACUUACUUGAAAACAUCGAAAACGUGCACUACAGCCUCUAAUUCUCACUAGCAUAAUGAAAACACAAUUGAAAACACCGGUAACUUGCACUACAGCUUAUAAUAAUCACCAACACAAUGACAACUCACUUUAAAACACGAAUAACUUGCACCACAACUUUAAAAAAUACAGAAGAUCCACCUGGAAUGUUUCGGAACACGGACAACAAUAUUGCGUGACGUCCCUGAACCUGCGGAGCAACAGAGAUCCCCUGCACGUGCCUCUCGCUUCUCCUGGAGGCUCCUGGGGUGCAUGUUACACUACGGGGCACCUGUCGCUCCCAGCCACGUCAAGACGGACAUAUUUCAUCACGCUCGGCUGAUGCUGCAUGUCCUGGGAAAUUAUCUAAUAUACUGGAGAACGUGGAGGAUCCGUUCUUUUUAUUAUACCAUUUCUCUUUAUCUGUUUUCUAAGUGUCUCGUUUCGUUCUCCCUCUAGUUACUCCUGUAUUUUUUCUUUCAUCCUUUGCUAGUUUCAGUCUCUAUUUUCGUCCCGUGUUCCCUACCAUCUCGAUCUCUUGUUUGUUACUCAGGGCACAGCUGAGGAAACUGAAUGAUUGUAGUGACGCAAGCCUGUUUCUUUCAAGUUUAUGGUGCGGUGUGGCUCAGUGACUCUCCUCUUCCAUUUUUUGAAGAGAGAAGAAUGUGGUAACCCCGCAAUGUUUCUGACAAGCGAGGGUAUAUAAGGACAAAGGCGGCAUGCAGGAGAGCCAGUGUUUGUGAGAGAUUGAGAGGUGCAGGGCGAGGAGUGUCAUACCAGAGGAGAGAUGUUGGAUCACUCGUAAGACAUCAGUACGUACUUUGUGUCUUUGUGUGCAAUUCUUAGGUAUUUGCACAUCAUACUUUACUUGUUCCAGUAGUAUACUUUCAUUCUCUUUAUAUAUAGUCAUUAAACAGUUCUUUUCUUCUGUGACAUGACUGAGACGAGACACGCUAAGAGACAUGAAGUAUGUGAAGUUUCCUUCAUCACCGGUCUGAAAAAAAAAAAAAAAAAGUAUAUUGCUCGCAUUUAGCACCGUCUCCUCUUGCGUGUUUCUCUCCGUGGCAGCGAGGGGAAACACUGCCUUCAUUUACCACUAUCUCUCCUUACGUCUGUCUUCCCUACUUCUUACCACAAACCCCUCUUACAUGUUUUCCUCCCAUUUCCUGGCAUCGAAGAGAAACAAACUAAAAAGAUAUAUACACGUUCUUAACAAUUGUCAUAUUUCUUUCCCAUGGUGGUCAGUGUUGGUCUUUCCGACUUCUUACCCCACCCCUCUCUGAAAUGUUUCUUUCCUAUUUCCUGGUAGCGAGGGGAAACAAACUAAAAAAUACAUGUGCUUAACAAUUAUCAGUCAUCUUUGCUGCUGCCUUUCCCUUGAUGGCCAGCACCUCAACCACAGCCUCAGUGCAUAUGGAGUGAGAUGAUGCCAGAUUGCUUAUCUGUCAGCCUCUCACACUCACAAGAAAACGAGUGAAGCUACUGAUUCUUGUACGAGUAAGAAAUUCAGGGUUUCAGGAUGAGGGGAGGUGUGUAUCUCAUAUUUAUUAAUGUAUGCAAUGCAAUUGUCUCUUCUCACACUCAAACCCAGCCCAGCACCACUAGAACCCUUGCCUGACGGAGGUGACGCUGAGUGGAGGCUGUGACCGACAACAUGGACUGGAACACCUGGCAGGCGUGGGUGAGGGCAGGGUACGGCCGCCUUGACCCCAUCUCCUGGGAGGCUGCCAACGUGACCCUGCUGGAUCUGGUGAGGCCUGAGGUGCAUCACAAGGUCCACCACCACUGGCAUUCCUUUCCUCCUCCUCACCCGCUGUUGCACCCCAUCCUUGGCACUCUCUACACCAUCAUAGGGCUGCUGUCUCUCACCGGCAAUGGCAUCGUGCUGUGGGUGUUCUCCUUCACCAGAAGUUUGCGUUCAGGCACAAAUUUGCUCACCAUCAACCUGGCCUUCUCUGACCUCCUCAUGAUGCUGACUCAGUUCCCCAUUCUUGUGGCCAACUGCUUCAACCAGUCGUGGAUGCUGGGGCCUUUUGCCUGCGAGCAAAAUGUUUCUGAAGACGGGCCUGAAAAUGCCAUGACACUCACCCCUCUGCUGCACCUCCAGGCUGUCAAGUAUCGCAACCUGCACCGGCGGGAGGCUCAGCUGUCCCGAGUGGUCUUGACCUCAGUCUUCUUCUGGGCGCUGGCAUGGACGCCCUAUGCUGUUGUGUCCCUGCUUGGAGUGUCUUCCUGGUACAGCCUCCUCACCCCGAUGGCCACCGCCCUGCCAGCACUCUUUGCCAAGCUCUCCACAGUCUACAAUCCCUUCAUAUAUGCAAUCUCACAUCACAAGUACAGGCAGGAGCUUGGUCGUCGCCUUCCCUGGCUGUGCUGCAUCCUGCCCUCACUAUCCUACCAACCCUCGGUCUCCCUGCAGUCCUCCACACGGUCUGAUGCGUCCUCCAUCCUUCACUUCUUCUCCAGAUCCUCCUCUGUGGUCUCCUCCAGGAAUGCGAAGGCCCAAAGUGACUUGCCCAGCCCCAAGACCCUCAUGAGUGAUAUGGCAACCAUGUCAUUCCCCAAAGGAUUUUCUCGACCCAUGGCCCUCUAAGUGUGCUGAGCUGGGACAAUACAAUGCAGUCCCACUCUGUUCUGUUAAUACAUGGACACACUAGCACUGAGUGUAGAUCUUGAGUUUUCAAUAGGUUAGCAGUACUUGACAUUAAUUUUACCAUGUGAAUUUCUGCUGCAUGAUAGUUAUCUCAUUUAAAGUGGAAUUUGAAGUAAUAAGAUAACCUGAGCAUCUUUAUCUUGUGAAGGACUGAUUUUCCCAAGUACAUUAGAAAAUAAUGACUCACUUCUUUUCCCAAAUUAUAGUCUUACACAUAAUCAUCUUAAGUAUUGGGCUACUUAUCACAUUGUGUAGAGGACUGGUUUUCUAAAAAUAUAAUAGAAAAUAUUGUUCACCCAAUUUUUCUCUAAUUAUAAAGAUAGUCUUAUAUACAUAGCAGCAUCAUCUAUAUUUGUUCAAUGGUACAUCAAAUAAAGAUACAAAAAAAUAAGAAA